CUAGAGACAACCCGAAUGUCAUUUGAAUUUUGUAGUUUCUUUUGUAAUGUCGGAACUUUUGGUUUAUCUUGGUAAAGUUGUUUCAAAUUUUGGAUGAAUGGAGUAUGCUUUAAAAUUUUAGGUAAUAAAAAAUGCGAGCAAUUACCCCUUCUUUUGUUGUUGAUAGAUUUUAAGGUGUUAAGGUUCGUUUGCUUGUGCCUAAAUAAUUUUGCUUGUGCCAAACGGCCCAAACAGUAUUACAACCUUUGGAAUCAUAGAACCAACGAUCCAAACCAACCCAGGCCCCCAAACGAUGAUCGUUUUGGCGUUUUGGGCUCGAAAAAUGGCUUUGAUUAGCAAAAUUUUCAAAGGGCGAACAUAUUCAGCAGAAGAAGUUUAGAUGAGAACACUACUAUCCUCAUUAGUCAAGCAACCAAAGGAAAAUAUCACACAAUUGACAACGGAGGAAGUACUGGAUCACUUUGCCUCCAUAGCUUCCAAAUAAAGAAACUGGCCUAGAAGACAUGAUCCUAGGGUAGUCAAAUCAGCUCUGAAACUAUGAUGACCACGAGCAAACAUUAAAGAUGCAAACCAUGUUUUAAAGUUGUUCUUUGUCAAAUCUAUCAAUUUCUCAAUAUAUUUUUGGUUAAAUACACUUGUAUAUCCAAAAACACCGUUAAAGAAUGUGAAGGAAUUGGAUAUAAGUGGUAUUUUGGAAAAUUUGGAUAUUAUUGGCACAACCGUGAAAGUUUUGGAUAUACAAGUGUAUUAAACCAAAACUUAAUAAGAAUAUAUUAAAACGUAAUCCUCUCUCUAGCCGACUCUCCCUCUCUUUCUCUACAGGCUUCGGCCGAACCCUUGCCGUUCCCCCUACCAACCCGUUCUCUCAAUUCUCAAUCCCUAGAUUGAUCCCUGAUUGAUCUAACUUAAUUCCCAAUUCCACCGCAAUACUCGCACCCUAGAUUCCGAGGUCUAUCAGAAACCCAAUCGUUAUACUUUGGGGGUUUGAAAAUCAACCUCUAUAUAAGGAGCACUGUGUGAUUACCCCGAUCUAGCGCACCCGAAUGACCAAUUCGUUAGCCACUCGAAACAUAAGUGGCCAUUUUAACUAUUAACCUCCGUCUUGGCGCACCCGAGUCUUUGAAAUGAAAACCAAAACGCAUCGCAGACAGGAUAAGGGGAAGAACAAGAAUCAAAAUCUCUACGAAAAACCAGUCUUGCCUGCUGCCAUCUCCACUACCGGAACUGCAUUUGGCGAUUUCCCGUUCGCGUAUUAUGUCUAUAGCAGUGACCAAUUGCUGCUUCUCUGCCAUCUCCUCUACCGUCAAGUUUCGCUGCUCUGCUUCUUCGAGCCGCCUUCUCGCCACCACCAACUCCUCGGCUGCCUGCGUCGCCUCCAAAGCUUCCAUCCAUAACAGAAAGCGUUCAAAGCGCGGUUCUGCAUCUUCCCCUGCUGACAGAAUCAAUAGUAAGGAUAGGGAGGGCGUUUCUCAAACGAAAUCUGCCGGUAGAGCGAAAGAUGGGAGGUCUUCUCCUUUCCAGGCCGAUUCCAACAGUGGCAAUGCUAAGCCAUUUGGGUCACAAAGAAGAGAUAACAAGAGUUUGCAGUUUGAUUUGAAGGAACAACCGGUCGGAGCUGGGAAUCUUCAGGUUGCAGUUUUCCUAGAUGCGGUAGUCAAGGUUUACUGCACCCACACGGCGCCUGACUAUUCUCUCCCGUGGCAAAAACAAAGGCAAUUUACAAGUACUGGGAGUGCUUUUAUGAUAGGGAAUGGGAGACUUCUAACAAAUGCACACUGUGUGGAAUAUCAAACACAGGUUAAAGUGAAGAGAAGGGGAGAUGACACAAAAUAUGUGGCCAAGGUAUUGGCCAGGGGUGUUGAUUGUGAUAUAGCUUUGCUUGCUGUUGAAAGUGAGCAAUUUUGGGAGGGGGCUGAACCAUUACAGUUGGGUGACUUACCUCAUCUACAGGAAGCAGUAACUGUUGUAGGAUAUCCACUUGGAGGAGACACUAUUUCAGUGACAAAGGGAGUUGUAUCACGGAUAGAGGUUACUCCUUAUGCACAUGGAUCAUCUGAUUUACUUGGUAUUCAAAUUGAUGCAGCCAUAAAUCCUGGUAAUAGUGGUGGUCCAGCAUUCAAUGACCGUGGGGAGUGCAUUGGGGUGGCUUUCCAGGCUUACAGAUCCGAAGAGGCUGAGAAUAUUGGAUAUGUUAUUCCAACAACAGUGGUCUCCCAUUUCUUGAGUGAUUAUGAGAGGAAUCAGAAAUACACUGGCUUUCCUUCGCUUGGUGUAUUACUGCAAAAGCUGGAGAACCCUGCACUGAGAGAGUGUCUGAAAGUGCCAUCUAGUGCGGGCGUCCUGGUUCGGAAAGUUGAACCAACAUCUGAUGCAAAUAAAGUGUUAAAAGAGGGUGACGUGAUUGUGAGCUUUGAUAACGUUCACAUAGGGUGUGAAGGAACUGUGCCGUUCCGGUCAAAUGAGCGCAUUGCAUUCCGCUACCUUAUUAGUCAAAAAUAUGCAGGUGAUGUAGCGGAGCUUGGUAUUAUCAGAAAUGGUCAAUCCAUGAAAGUUCAAGUGGUCCUAAAUCCAAGAGUUCAUUUGGUGCCUUAUCAUGUAGAUGGCGGUCAGCCUUCUUACUUGAUAACUGCUGGUUUGGUGUUUACUCCUCUCUCGGAACCACUAAUAGAUGACGAAUGUGAAGAUCCCAUCGGGUUGAAGCUUUUAACAAAGGCGCGUUACACAUUGGCGAAGUUUAAAGGAGAACAAAUUGUGAUCCUAUCUCAGGUGUUAGCAAAUGAAGUCAACAUUGGAUACGAGGAUAUGGGCAACCAACAGGUGUUGAAAUUCAAUGGUACCAGAAUACGAAACAUUCAUCAUCUAGCCCACCUAAUUGAUUCAUGCACAGGCAAGUACAUGGUGUUCGAGUUCGACGGCAAUUAUUUGGUUGUGUUGGAGAAGGAAGCAGCUCUGAGUUCUUCAUCACAGGUUCUCCAAGAUUAUGGGAUACCAUGUGAAAGAUCUUCAGAUCUGUUAGAGCCGUAUGUGGAGUGCAAUGUUGGAGACGGUCAAUCCAUUGUGGAUGGAGAUUUUGGAGACAGUCCAGUUUCCAAUCUAGAAAUUGGCGUCGAUGGAAUCCUGUGGGCAUGAUGUACUCAUUUUAGGUGUAUCACAGGUUAUUUAUUUAAUUUAUUGAGAUUUAUACAACGUUGUCAAAAACCGGUUUAAGUCAUUGAGCCGGUCAAGCAAGGGGUUGAGGUUUAAUGAUAUGAUUGGAGUUCAACGGUUUGAGCCGUUUUAGAUUUUUUUCUAAAUAUAUAUGCAAAGAAGGUAGUAAGUAAAGAUUUAAUGACUGAAAUGAAGUUUAUUUUGUAUC